GGUUAGUUUGCCUACAGGUUUAGGUAAAACCUUUAUUGCAGCUGUUGUCAUGUUCAAUUACUUUCGAUGGUAUCCCAUAGGAAAAGUUAUUUUUAUGGCGCCAACAAGGCCUCUUGUAAAGCAGCAAAUAGAUGCCUGUUAUGAUAUUAUGGCAAUUCCUAAAGAAGCCUCAGUUGAGAUCACAGGAGUAGGUACAAAGGUAGCUUCCAGGGAAGACAUAUGGAAUGAGAAAAGAGUGUUUUUUAUCACUCCUCAAAUUCUGCAAAAUGAUUUGGACAAAAUUCCAACUUUAGGUCCAAAAUAAAAUGUUUAGUCUUUGAUGAAGCACAUCGAGCAAGAGGUAACCAUUCUUAUUGUGAAGUUAUCCGAAAACUUUCCACUACCAACAAAUAUUUUAGAGUUUUAGCUUUGAGUGCUACUCCUGGAGGAUCUACUGAAGAUGUACUAGAUGUUGUUCAAAACUUAUUGAUAUCACAUCUAGAAUUUCGCACAGAAGAAAGUUUGGAUGUAAGCCCUUAUGUUUUUAAAAGAAAUUUAACUACUAUUGUAGUACCCCUAGGUGAUAAAUUGCAAGAAGUGAAGGAUAAUUAUAUGAAAGUUUUAGAAUAUUAUACUAGAACUCUUGUUAAAUACAAAGUGAUUCAAGGUAAUUGUGCCAACUUGACCAAAGGAAAAAUAUUUAUGAUGACCAAAAGUUACAAACAAAAUAGGGCAACUAGUUCAAACUAUGAUGAAAUCAUUAGAUGUCUCAACAUAUGCAUAACACUGUACCAUGCUUCUGAAUUACUAAUAAGACAUGGUUUAAGAAGCUUUCUUACAUUCUUUGAUGAACACAUUGAUAAACCAUUAAUAAAGAGAAAUACAAUGGUAAGGGAAAUAAUGGCAGAUGUUAGAGAAUAUUUAGGACCACCACCACAGGUCCUCCACUUACCUAGUGGAGAUGUUACAGAAAUUUCGCCAAGUGUCAAAUUUGGUCAUCCUAAAUUUUACAAGUUGAGAGAUAUAUUAAUAGAUCACUUUAAAGAAUCUAACAAUUCUAGUAGAGUAAUAGUUUUUUUUGAGUACAGAGAAUCUGUUAAUGAAGCCUACGCCUUACUGAUUCAGUCAAAACCAACUAUUAACCCCAGGAUAUUUGUUGGACAAAAACAGGGCGUUACACAAAAAAUACAAAUAAAUGUAAUUAAACAAUUUAGGGAGGGUACCUGCAAUGUUCUUCUUUCUACAUCUAUAGGAGAAGAAGGUUUAGAUGUGGGAGAAGUGGACCUAAUAAUAUGUUUUGAUAUUUCCAACAAAUCUCCAAUCCGCAUGGUUCAACGAAUGGGCCGUACUGGCAGAAAAAAAGAUGGAAACAUUAUAGUUUUAGUAACAGAAGGAAAAGAACAACAAACCUUGAAAGAUUGUCUUAUUCACAAAAAUAAUGUGGCAAAUCAUGUUUUGGGUUCCAAGCACUUGGUAAAUUGUUUAAAAGGAGAAUGCCCGAGGUUGGUACCUGAUGGAGUAGUUCCAAAAUGUGAGAAGAUUUUCAUUACAGUGGAAAAACCUGUUGCAAAGAAGGGUAGUACCUUAAAGGAUAUGUUAAGAACGCUAUCAUCCAAAUCUUCUGAACCUUCAUUUUCACCGAAUUUACAAAUUACUGAUUAUCAAAAAAAUAUUCCAGAAUCACAGUUAUUGGCUACUACAGCAAAUGCGCUAAGUGACAACACUUCUGUUUCUAAUACGUUUGCUAAAAGAAUAGAGAAGCAGAGAAGUUUUCAAGAAACUCAUAAAAUUAGUCAUUCUGAAAAUUGUAAAUUAUUAGUUAAUUUACUUCAAAUUGCGGAGUCGCGAAGAUUCAAUAUACCGAUGACUCAAAUAAGUAAUUCGUCUAAUAAUAAGCAAUUAAAGCAAACGGACAUACGGAAUAUGUUCUUUAAAUCACAAAGUGCCAAGGAUUUUGACAUAUCCCCUACACAAAUUCCAACAAUUCCUGAGAUUCCAAUCGUCACAGAAGAAAAUCUUUUUCCAGGACUUUUGACGGAGAUCACAACUUUUUUGUCAAUUUGCUGUGAUACAAAUUCAAUAAAAUGCAAUAUUUGUCCAACAGAGUUUAAGUGUGAAAAAAAUACUUAUAAAAAUUGUUUUGCAACUACUCUAAAUUGGAUAGAACUUGACCCUUCUGUAUAUACCUCUGUUACUGUGGAUGAUUUAAAACUCUUUGAAAAAGGAUUGGAUAAGUCAGAUGAUAGUUUUCAGUUUGAAGAGACUUUAGAUUUUUCAGUUCCUGAUAUACCUAUUAAUAAUAUUAGUAAGGAAAUUGUUUUAGAAUUAGGAGAUCUGAUAGAUAAUAGUAUUUUGGGAGAUUUUUGCAAUAAGACUGCAAAUUACGAAGCACCUAAAUCUUUAAGUAAUUUGUUAAACACGUAUAGUACUUCUAUAAUAGAUGAACAAUUCAUUUCGGAAAAAAAUACAAAUAAAAUAGAAAAUGAUUCUACCGAAGAAAAAUCUAAGAAAAUAUUUUCUGAUGCCGACAUUAAAUGUAUUCUAAUCUUCUUUAAAUUGGAUCAUUUAAAUGAUAUUUUUGAGGAAGAUUUUAUACCUGAUUCUCAAGAAACCAUCACAUAUUCCCCAGAUCUCUUUGAAGAAAGUGUUAAAACACAGAGGGAACAAUUGAAAACUCCAGUUCAGAAUCAAAGCAACAGUGAUGAUUCAUGUUCUCCCAUUUUAUGUACGUUUACUGCUAAAAAAAAUAAACCAACAGUGAGGAGUCAUACACAAGAUAAUAUAAAAAAAAAAUUACCAGAAACUAGCUCACCUUCUCUAACCACUUUUAGUAGAAAAGGAUUAACAAGUACUCCUUUGACCCAAAAGGUUCCUAGAAAUGAGACUACUCUGAAAAGUACAGAUAAAUCAAAUCCCAAUUCUUUAAAAAAGCAAAGAAGUAAAGAGUUUUUGGAACCCAAUAAAACUGAUGUAAUUGAAUUAGAAGAUUUAUUCGAUUUUUCAAGUUUUGGUUUACCAACAAGUAAUAUUGAAAAAUCCGGAUUUACGAAAAUAAUUUCAAUGGCUGAUAGUUUUAGUCCAGACGAUUUCUGUGAAACUCCUUUAAUGAAAACUUCGUCUCAAAAUUCCAAAAUUAAUUCAAAUGUUCCUGAGAAAAACACUAAAAAUAUAGAUACUUCUCAUUUAGAUGAUUUUGUUGAUGAGGAUCUUUUAGAAAUCUUUAAACCUAUCUGUGAUAUUACUGAAAUCAAAACUUCACACUCUACAAUAAAUAUUAAAACCACGAAAUCAUUAGAUUUCAUCAAUGAAACUAGGGAACUAGACAUUGAAGGUGCAGAAAAUAAAAAUAUUAAUCUAGUUUCCGAACAAUUAAAUCAAAACACUAAAACAAUGGAAACUAAAAGCGAUUGUGCAUCUUCACAGACAACAGUAACACAGAUUUUAUCUACAAUAAAUAAACCAACUCAGUCCAGUAACCCAUCUCAAAUUUCAAAACAAUUAAAUCAAAAGAUUGAAAUGACAAUGAAAAAUAAAAGCAAUUAUCGUGCAACUUCACAGAUAACAGUAACACAGACAUUAUCUACAAUUAUUAAACAAACUCAGCCCAAUAAAUCAUCUCAAAAAGAAAAUGUUGAAAACAAUGUGUUAGAUGAUGAUUUUGACUUUUUUCAGUUUGGUUUGAAUAAGAAAGUUCAUAAACAUAUUUCAUCUGAAAAGAUACCAAAACAUACCAAAGCGAAAUUAAAUGAUUCUUCUAAAGCAAAUCUUAAUAUAUCAUCCAACACAUCUCUUAACUCUAGUAGAAGUUCUGUGAAUACAUCACAUGAGUCUGUAUCACUAAGCGUAUUUCCUAAACGUUGUGGGCCUAACAAAUCCAAAACUGUUGAUACAAAUAAAUCUAAUAACAUUUCAACUAAAUCGCUUAGUGAGGAUGAAUUUGAUACCAAGCCCAAAAGUCCAGUAUGGUUAAGACCUAAACAAUUUGUAAAAAAAAGAAAAAAUUCAGAUAAUGAUUCGGACAGCGAUUUCGAAAGCAGUUCUGUUAGCCCUCUUACAUAUAGAUCCCAAGCACGGAAGAAACCAAAUUUGAAUAGAGAUGAUGUUGCACACGAACCUAAAAGGAAGAAAUUAAUUAACCAGUUCAUAGAAGAUGAAGCUGAUGUAUCUGUAUGUGAUAGUAUUGUGAUAUCUGAUGAUGAAUUUGAUACAGGAACUCAAGACAAAUAUGAUGCCAGCUUUGUUGCUGACGAAACUCAGGACAUGGAUACUCAAAUGCAUGCAGUUUACCUUAAAUCUGUUAGGAGUCCAUUAAUUCCGAGCAGGUUUAAAAUCCCUUAUAAUGUGAAAACCAAUGUUAACAUCCUACCACAACAAGAAAAUAAUGAAAAUGAUACUUAUUUAGAUGAUUCAUUUGUGGUUCAUGAUGAAACAAUUGAGGCUCGACAAGAAUUAUCUCAGUUGGAAAUACUAGAAAAGAAAUUAGAGAUGCGAAGAAAACAUAAAAAAACGCUUUUAGGACUAAAAAAGACAUCACAAAAGAAGAGAAUAGUUUAUAUUGAUAGCGACAGUGAGUGAAAUAGUGAUACAUAUGUAGUAAUAUGAAUCUUUAUUUAGGAGCUGCUAAAUCCUGACCGGCGUGGCGUGCACAAAUUGUUUCUUAUGUUUUCCGCUAGAGUGUGUGUAUUUGAGCCCGGUUUUUUAAAUUAAUGGAUAAUUUAGACUUACAUAUUAUAUAGUGCCUCAAAAAUUGUAUAUUAAUUUUUAUUUUAUUGUUAAUAAUUCUGAGUUAGACAUGAGUUAAUAAAUAACCCAAUAAUUAGGCAUUUUAUUGGUAGGAAGGAAUAAAUAAAAUAACCAAUAAUAAGUAUAAGUAGUUCACUAAUUUAUGAAUUUUGACAAAUAAAAUCACCACAUAUUUAUAAUUUAA